UGUUUGGUUGAAACGCUCGGGCUGUAGCUGGCUGUGACUUGCAAAUGUGGAUAUGAGUUGUUUGUGAAGACACGCUGCUGCUCUGUGUGAGGAUUUGUUCUCCAGUGAAAGUUUCACCCUGUAAAGCAGGAAAGCGCCGCCGCCACCGGCCGGAGCCUGAGCGCGCCGGCUUCAUGACGUGCAGUUUCUGGUAGGAUGAUCAGGAAUCAAGAAGAAGAUGAAUUCGUUGCAGUUCGAGUCCAAGAUCCCCGGAUUCAGAACGAGGGCUACUGGAAUUCAUACGUUGACUAUAAGAUAUUCCUACACACCAACAGCAAAGCCUUCACAGCCAAGACGUCGUGCGUGCGCCGGCGCUACAGCGAGUUCGCCUGGCUCAAGAAGAAGCUGCAGAAGAAUGCAGGUUUGGUUCCGGUACCAGACCUGCCAGGGAAGUCCUUCUUCUCCUUCACCAACGAGGACUUCCUGGAGAGCAGAAGAAAAGGACUUCAGGUCUUCUUAGACAAGGUGGUGCACAUGACGGUGUGUCUGUCGGACAGCCAGCUCCACCUGUUCCUGCAGACGCAGCUGCCGGUGGGCCACAUCCAGGACUGCGUUCAGGGCCUGACGCCGUACACGGUGACCGACGCCAUCCUCACCUACGCCUCGUCCAACCAGGGCCUGGCUCAGGCUCAGGAGGAGAACUGCUUCAAGGAGUCCAGUAUGACUGUUUCUUAUGAGUCCAUGGAAAGUCCGGCUCCUCACCAGCCUUGCCAACAAACAAACCCGACCGUCGGCUCCGAGCUCCUCUCACACGGGGACUCAGACCCCCUGGAGGUUCUCCUGGAGCUCCGGGAGGACGACCCGGGGGAACCUCAGCGCCAGGAGAGCGCCGCGCUGAGGAUCUCCCAGAACUGCAACCGGCUGGAGGUCGUCGUCAACGGCAACCCCGCAGAGGCCACCUUUUAUCUGGGGGAGGUCCUGGCCAGCUCCACGGAGGAGUCCCGGCAGCAGGGCUGCGUGAUCCAGACGCCGGCGCAGGUGCACUCGCCCAUGGGCGGCGGCGGCGAGGUCGUGUUCGAGGAAGGCGGUGUGACCGGGAACGCAGAUGAGGAGGCCGACACUCAUCCAGAAGGUGUGAACACGUAUGACGGGGUUUCAGAGGUAAAGAGUGGGUACGAGGAAGAGCGAGUUACGGAGGGAGAUGCUUCCUCUCAGGAGGAGGAAGUCCUGGAGGAGGAUGAGUCAGGUGGCAGAGAGGAGGCGUGCCCUCAGCCAGGGACCUCCGAGGGGUCGCACCCCGCUCCAGACGGCCUGCACCAGGAACUGUCACAGGAAGAACGGUCGGCCGGCCCCAGAGACGCCAGCGACGAGGACAGCCGCUCGCUGCCGUCCUCCAACGACAGCAUCAUGGAGUGCAGCGAGGAGGAGGAAAGCCUCGGCGAGGACACGGAGGCCGCAGACGUCUACGUGAAGACGCCCCCCGAGGACUUGGCUCACUGGUCGGAAGUGAGCGAGGACAUCCUGAACCUGCACAUAAACGGCUGUCUGGGGGGCAAACAGGAGGUUCCUGCCCCGGGGGAGCAGGACCUGCAGUACACGAGCAGCAUCAGUGAGCUGAGACCUCCAGAGCUGGACCCGGCUGCUGCUGCUGCAGACGGAGAGUUGACUGAAAACAGUGACUUCAGCAUCCUGGAGCCGAGCAGCGGUAGACGUGCGGAGCGGGACGCUGUGCCCUCGCCGUCUUUGGGGGCCUCAGAGGAGACUCCGGAGCUGGAGACGCGUUAGGGAAAGCGGUGAACUGCACCCAAACUUAAUUGCCCUCAGAAGGGCUAUUGCACUCUCACUGAGCCAGAACAGGGAAACUUGAGAGUCGUCCUCUGCCAAAGACACAGUAAGUCAAACUCACCCGAGCUUGACUUCUACACACAGUUUCUUUUUAGUUACAAAACUUAUUUAUUGUCUUCACAAGGUUAGAGGUGUAUUAAUCCUUUUGAGAGCAGUAUAUUCACCUGUAAUACGGCCACUUGUAUCAUUGGUGUACCCUUUUGAAAAUACCUAAUUUUUGCAUCAUCUUUUGUCGUUUUAAGCAUAGAAACGUUAAAUUGUCACAGUUUUUGCCUCCUGUUUGGCUUGUUGUGGCCAGCAGGGGGUGCUCACGUUCACACGCAGGUUGAUUCACUACUGUUUAGUUUUCUGAGCCAAAGCUUCAGAUAAACUAGGACUAAAAACACCCCCACCCCCCCCGAUCUGAUUAAAACCAUAAUAAAA